UUAAGUUCCCACAACUAAUAUAGGAAAGCUUAGAAACUCGUAGUAAGGGAGUAGGCUGGCGGGCUUGAGAUGCAAAGCUGGCACGAAGUACAAUCUGCUGCUCAAUUUGGAGUCAGUCUAGAAGUGGCUUCAGUCCAAACGAGCUGUGAAAUCAUACCUAAUAUUCGGUCAGCUAUUAAUCACUAAUUUUCGCGUUUUAGUUGGCUUGAUUGGCAGUCAAAAGGUCGUCCAUUUCGUUUGUUUGUGUUAAAUUCGGUGCCGUUUAGUUCCCAGCGAGUGAAGAUACGAAUUCAUUCAGUGUUCAUUGAACAUCCAUUCAACUUUGGGCGUUAGAAUCUGUAUUAUCUAUAUUACGUGAAAGUGACCCCAAUUUCCGUUCUACAAUGUUUGCCGUUUAGAGGCUGAAUUGAAGAAAGGUUUUGUUAAAAGGCUGCCAUCAUGUGUCCAAUAACACUGACUGAAACAACAACACUACGGAACUCUCAAAGGAAUGCCACCGACACUGUAGAUGAAUCCAACAAAGCUUCGAAAAUUGAUACCGCAUCUAGUGAUUAUCACCCAAGGAUAAGAUGGCUAGACUUGUUGGCGCAAGCUUUUAUCCAUGUUGGCUGUAUAUAUGGAUUCUACCUACUGUUUUAUGCGAAACUACUUACAGUUGUUUGGGUUUUCGCGACGAUACUUGCAACUGGAAUCGGAGUAACUGCUGGAGCACACAGAUUAUGGUCCCAUAAAUCUUAUAAGGCUGCAACCCCGUUACGGAUUUUACUUAUGUUUUUCUUCACAAUUGCAGGACAAAGAGAUGCUUACACUUGGGCGUUAGAUCAUAGGGUCCACCAUAAAUACUCUGAAACCGAUGCAGACCCUCACAAUGCGAAGCGAGGAUUUUUCUUUGCCCAUAUUGGCUGGUUAUUCAUCACCCCACACCCGGAGGUAGUGCGAAAACGCAAAGCUAUUGACAUGAGCGAUCUGGAAGCUGAUCCGAUAGUGAUGUGGCAGAAACGAUACUUCGUACUUCUCUUCGCUUUGAUAACAAUCGCUUUCCCAGUUCUGGUGCCUUACUAUCUGUGGGACGAAAACAUUUUCUACUCGUUCUGGAUUAAUUUCAAUGCACGAUUCUGUAUUGUGCUCAACAUCGCCUUCUUCGUGAACAGUGUAGCACACAUGUGGGGUAGAAAACCUUAUGAUAAAUCUAUCAGCCCCGUUGAAAGCAUUCCAGUGGCUAUUGCAGCGUUGGGUGAAGGCUGGCAUAACUACCAUCACGUUUUUCCCUGGGACUAUAAAACUGGAGAAUUGGGCGAUUAUAAAAUGAAUGUGACAACCGCUUUCAUAGACGCAUGCGCGAAAAUUGGAUGGGCUUUUGAAAGAAAGGUAGUGUCGCCUGAGAUGAUUGCCAGGAGAGCUGCUCGUUGUGGUGAUGGAACUCAUUUCUUAAGCGAGGCUUAUUGCCACAAAGAUCAAGUCUGGGGAUAUGGCGAUAACGAUAUACCAAUAGAGGAUAGACUUGAAUUGGAGGCUAUGCAGAAAUAAAAAGUACAAGUUGCAAUUGUAAUGAUAUGUAUAUAAGCAGUGAAUUAAUUUAACAAUAACUAAGCUAAGUAAAACGACAAAAAUUAAAUUAAAAUUUGAUUAAACCUAUGAAACUUUC